AUGGAGCAGCAGGCGCAUUCGCAGCAGCCUCAGGGGCCCUUCCCUGCCCCCGGGGCUACAGAUGCGGCUCAGGGGGCCCCACAGAAUCUGCCCACAGCAGCACCCAAUGCGCCCGCCCCAGCCCCUCCUGGUGCGCAAGAAACAGACCCCCCUCGUAAGCGGCGUCUUCUCUUCCCCAAGGCGCGUCCUAAGAAGAUGCAGGAGUUCUUGGGGCGUCGCCUGAACACUUCUGCUGACUCUGCUGAAGUUUCCAAGUUUCGAGCAGUCGACAUAGGUGCUGCAGCAUCUCAGGGGCAGCAGCAACAGCAGCAGACGCAGCAAACCCCGGGGGGUGAAAACAGCGGAAGCGCAGAAGGAAGAAGAAGCGUCAGAAGGUCAUUCGAGGACGCAAUGGCAGCAGUGCAAGAAGAAGACGGACCUCACCAGAUGCAAAACACUUGCGGGGAAGCAGCAGUGGCACAUCAAGAAACGGCAGCAACGAAAAACAAUGGGCCAGCAGCUCAUGAAGAAGACGCAUUAAGUCUUCACAAGCGACAAAUGAAGGUCGAUGGUGCUGCAGCAUCUUUGAAUUCAAGCAUGGAAGCACGCACCACCCACGAAACCUCUUCAGCCCUCACCAAUACACCAGCACCACCGCAGGCAGUUGCCGUGGCAGCGGCGCCGGCAGGCGUUCCCACCACAGGUGCUGCAGCAGGAGCAGCAUCAGCAGCGCCUGCGACCCUGUCAGAGUCAACAGCUCUUCUUGAUUCUUCUUGCCUGGGUGUGCAGCGGCUGACUCUGAAGUCGCCUACAGGCAAUCAGGGGGGAGAAGCUGAAGCUGCGGUUUGUUUAACAGGGGCCCGAAAGAGCCCCCCAGAGAAGAGGCCUUCCUCUGGAGCUUGCGACGGUACAGAAGGAGAAACUGCGUUGCAUGCGUUAGGCGACCUGGGGGACGGCGGUUUGGGGCCCUUGAAAGUAGAAGACUUUUCGGGAAUUCCCCUCUCCACCCGCCUCCAAAGUAAGGCAAUUAAACAAAGAGCGCACGGAUGCGACGAAGUUGUGGGGCGUCUGGACGCCUGCGGGAGCUGCGAGGAGAGGGUUAAGUUGUGGGAGGAGCUAAUGAAGCCCCACUUCAGCUCGAUUCUUAAGGAUACGAACGCCCUGAUGGGCUCCAAGACAGUAGAACUGCUGCAGGCACUUGUUGGGUGCACGCCAGCAAGGGCAGGAGCAGCAGCAGCUGCUGAUGCUGCUGUCUUUCCUGCUGCUGCAGCGCUGCCGCUGCUACAGCAACACGGAAAGCAAAUCGUUGCGCAGAUAUUGUCGAACCCGAAGCACUUUUCUGGUUGCUGCGACGUCUUGCUGCAGCUCAGCAGGGCCUCUGAAGCCUGUGUAGUUGAAACUGUAAACCUCGCAGCUGCGAGUGGCCAGGCGUUGCUAGCUGAGAAGAAAGGAAACGUAGCAGCCAUAAAGGGCCAAGGCAUUCGCGUUAUCGGCAGCAGUUUGGAGCUGCUACUGAAGAUGCUUGAAAGCUUCGGCUUGCAACUCGUGGUGGCGGUGGGAGGCGUGCAGAAUCUGAUGAAGUCCAUUGGCGCGUUUGCUGCCUGCAGCGACAAGCGUGUCAGGGGCGCCUUGUCUUCUCUCGCCGCCACUGCUGUGCACUUCACAGGUGCUGCGGCUGGAGACACCGCGGCAGAAGCCGCUAAAAAGACAGUUCUUGAGAUCCUGAAAAGCAGCAAAUCGAUGCAAACGGAAGUGGAAAAACUCGUCGAAAAAUUUCGAGCAGAACCACCCUCCCCUCCGUCUCUCUCCAUUGCAGGAAUGGCAGCCGAAGGGCAAGCUACAGAGAGCCCUCAGACUUCUGGGGGGAGUAGUAGAGGAGGAAUGGGAGGGGGGGGGUCCUGUCUGGCUUCUCGUCUCGUGGCAGAGACAGACGUGCUUAAGACAGUUUGUCAGCAGCAGACAGAUUGGGUCGUGAGAGCCACAGAAGGGGUGCAGCCUGCCGCACGGGGGGACAAAGAGGCAGAAGAACCCCCGUGGAAGGUCAAGAUGCAGGCCUGGCAACAGCUGGAAACUGGGUUGCGGGACUGCGUGUCUCUGUACAAGAAGAACCCGUUUCUGCAUCAACAGCUGCUGCCGCUGCUGCACCGCGUGCUUACAGCUGAGCCAACUCUCCCGGUGGUUACCUGCGCUCUGAAGACACUGCAGAUGCUUGUUCAACUGCUGUUGCAGCCACUGGGGGGAGAGGGCUCGCAGCAGUUGCAGCAGCAACUGCAGCAGCAACUACGCGGCCUGCUGCCGGACGCUCUAGCGAAGUUGAAGGUCAACAACAGGCCGGUCCAGUCGGCUGCAUGCGCGUGCAUUGGGACGUAUCUUUCCUGCAUUCCCUUGGAUGUUGUAGUGGGGGACUUGCUGCCAAUUAAAGAGAAACUGGCGCAUUAUCAGAAACUGCUUCUAGACGAAAUAACCAAAGCCGUCGAACAGCAGGCGGGUGGUACUUCCGCUUUGCAAAAGGUUGCUGCGCAGCUCCUUGCGGCAGGCCGCGCAGCAUCAGACGAUGGCAACGCCGCAGUGAGAGCAGCAGGGGUUGGGCUGAUUGCUGCUGUUGCCAAGCAUGCACAGGGAUCUGCCGCAGUGGGGGAGGCUAUGCAGAAACUUUCUGAGCCUAAACGACAGCAGCUGCAAAAGGCAAUGCAGGCUGUAGGUUCAGCAGCAAAAGGAUCCCAGCCUCUGAUAUCCUCUCCUCGGCGUCUGCCGAACCAGGGAGCUCCAACUCCAGGCGUUCCGUUUUCGCGCAUGCGUAGCCGCGGUGCUGCUGGUGCGGUGGCAGCAGCAGGAGCAGCCGCAACAGCACCGGCACCAGCGCAGGCCACUUCAGGUGCUUCUGAGCGAACCGGAGGUGCUGGAGCCUCGGGACCCACCAAAACCACUUUCCGCAAACACGGAAGUGGAUCUGUUGGCAAUCUCACUGCAAGGGGGCCCCUGCAGCGCUUCACGUCAGCAGGAACAGCAACGGGGUGUCCCCCAGGGGCAGGAACACAUGGGGGGGCCGCUGCGGCAGGAGGCCAGUGGGAGGCGCCGCAUGCAGCCGCAGGGCUUGAAGAGGCCGAGGCAAAGACCAGAGAACUGCUGCCAGCUGAGCUUCUGCAGAACCUCGAGGCUCCUGCUGGAGUUGAGCGGAAGCGGGCAUACGAAGCCCUGGAGCAGUGGUUUCGUCGGCAUUGUGAUUGUAAUAUCUGCAAACUUGAGGACGGUCAAAUGGAUACCGAAGAGGGAGUCAACAGCAGCAGCAGCUGCUGCCGACUGGAAGGGCUCCGCAAGUCGGCUGUUUAUGUUUUGCUGCACCUGCGAUCCAAGAUGAGAGGCUUCAGGGAACGAACCGCCGCUCUGGAAGAUGCGUGCAUCACGUGUCUACAGGCCAUCUUGGGGGGUUUGCUGCCGCCAGGAGAAGCUUCUGCAGUGACAGCAGCAGCAGGGGGAAUAGCGGGAGCAGUAGCAGGAAGCAAGGACGCGCUACAUUGGGGGAAAAUGAGCACUAGCAGGAGCCAUUCCACAAGACGACGGCAACUGCCCCCUGUUGAUAAGGCCGUCGUCAAUGUGGUGCUGGAGCCUCUUGGGGACCGCCUGGGAGAUCCGCGCGUGGGCAGCGCUAUCGUGACCAUUGGGCUUCUCCUAGCGAAAUGCGUAGACACCCCAACAACUGUUGCUGCUCAACUCGCUUUUCUCGCCGAAGGCCGUGUGGGGGGAGGCCGCAUCAUGCACGGUGUCUGUCAGCUGCUGGAGCAGCUGCUGCAUCUGUGGGGCCUGACGGCGUUCACUCCACCCAAGCAAUUGCUGAUGAUUGUGCGGCAAUUGCUGGAACCCAGCAAGGGAUCGCGCUCCGUCGUGUUCCCCCUGCUGAAACGCUUGCAUGGGGAGCUUGGCGAUAAAGCCAUGACCGCUAUGCUCGUUGCCCACCCACUUCCGGACGAGGUGAAACACGCGCUCAAGCAACAACGACAGCAGCAGCAGCAGCGAGACACGCAGCUGCAGCAGGCACAGCCCGCAGCUGAGGACACAGGACCAGCUUGGGAGCUUGCAAUCGCUGCGCUGAGGGCGGGAGCUGCUGCUGCUGCAUCGGCAGCUGCUUCGUUGGCCUGCACAGACCCACUGUCUUCGCCUGAUGUUCCUUGUGUCUCUUUGGCGGCUUACAUCAGCCCUGAUCUUCUACAGCGUCUGCAACAAGGACAAGAUGAAGAGACGGUCCUCAAAGCGCUGAAUGAGCUCAUGCAUAUCUUUGUAAACAAGGUUGGGGGGAGAGUCAAGCCCGAAGGGCUCAGCGGUCUCGUGUCGGUGCUGAGAAGACGGCUAGGGGACCCGAAUGCGUCUGUGCGGCGGCAGGUAUUGCUGACGCUGGUAAUUUUCUGUGAUCGGCUGGGGGUAGAUACUCCCCAAGACGUUGGCUGUGCCGCGACUCCCCUUCCCGCCGCCCGUGUCUACAAACAGAUGUUGCCUGCGGCUGCUGAAUGCCUCUGCGACUCAGAUAAAAAGGUUAUGCAGGCAGCUUACAUCGCAACGGCUAAGUGGAUGACUGCUUUGGGUCUCGCGGAUUCGCUGACGCUACUGAGCCCCUUCCUAUCCAGCAGCAACAGCAGCAGUGCAAUGUCCACUUCUGUCUCUCAGAGACCACUCGCCGGGGCAGUUCUGCGGCGCCCCUUCUCUAUCGGUUUGUCGGGAGCCAUGUUGCAGCAGAAGAACUCCAAGAUACGAGAGGCGCUGUUUGCUCUGUUGGGAGUUGUCAUGCCGAUGGAAUCCUCGCAGAAAUCUCUGUUGCUUUUGUCCCUUGUACCGCACCUUCUGGAUGCGGUGCUUCCGCAGCUCCGCGGAGAAAGUAAUGUAGGCUCGUCUGCAGCCAACUCUCUGCUGUCGCUUGUUCACGAGGCCUGUCCGUCUGAAUCCAUCGUAGAAGUGAUGCAGCAGAGACUGUCAGGGCAGCCGCUGGCAGGCCAAUCAGCAGAGGCUGCACUCAAGCAGCUUCUCGUCCCUUCCGAAACCCUCAUGCUUCUGCUUAAAGCACAGCAGGAAGUUCAGGCUUCGUUGCGGGAUCCCCUCUGGAAGACGGGGUACUCGCCAAGCUCAACCAGCACAAGGAAAGCCCAGCUGCAGCAGCAAGACUCCCACCAUAAAGCUAUGGAUCUUGUUUCGGAGGAAUCGACUCGGGCUACCACACCCGCCGUUGCCCCUGACGCAUCAGCGGGAGCCCUUUCUUCUGACGUUAGUCCUUUGGUUCUCUCAACGCGCUCCCAGCGAAUCCAGAGAAGCAGUGGAGCGGGGUUUGCCACCCUGAGGCGACAGCCCGUUUCUCUGAGGGAAGAAUUGUACCACGAACUCAGGGGACGUGUCGAAUCCAAUCUCUUGUUGUUGAUGUUUCCGUCCCAUGGCUCUUCAGUAGUGGGAAGCAACAAACAAGCAGUGCCCGAGUUAUCGCAGCUCAAGUCUGUCUGUGAUGCGUGGAAGCCCCUCUUUGGCAUGGAGGGCGGCGCAUCUGUCUCCGCCGGACAGUCUGAGUCUCGCAUCCACCCAUUACAAGGGGAAAAGAGCAUUACGGACCUACUUCUAAAGUGGAUAGCAUUUUGCCUGGCAGAAGUUCUGCAACAACCGCGGACUGUCCAGACGCAGGAGUCUCUUUGUGUGCUGCUCCAGUUGCUGCAGUUAGUGAUGCAGCCAUACAAGUGCCUGCGCGUAGCUCUGCCUCUCUAUGAGCAACAGCAGAUCUUGCAACAGCUACUGGAUGCUGCUUUUGCUUGCGCUGCUACUCCCAACGCAAAGGCAACAACAACACCGAAGUCCGCAUCGAAGCAGCCACGCCAGCUCGUGCGCGAGACCCUCCUGCUGCUAGCAGCGAUUGUGGAAGACCGUCCUAGGUUUCUCUCUGCAGUUCAUAGAAGCCUCAUCCGUUGCAAAAGCAAAGAGUUGCUUGUAGACUUGAUGGCUGCGAUGACUCGCGCCCUGGGACAGCAUGUGCAGAUCCAGCUGCAGUCCAGGGGGGUUGGUGCGUCUUGCAACGAGACACUGAGUGACUUUCUUUCGCAGCAGUGCGCUGCCCGCUUCUUUGCCCUUUUCACGGAUCCAAGGGCUUCAAUCGAACAACGAGGCUUGGCCUUUGAUUUCCUCGUUCUGUGCAACUUGGCACUGAAGGGAGGGACCCUGCACUUGUUACCGUCCCUCUCUCCUGAAUGCCGGGCUCGACUUGUGGAGGCCACUAAGCAGAUAGCAGCUUCCGGACUUUCUCAAGGCCGGCUCGAAAGUCUGCUUGCCCGCUAUGGGGACGGUUGCAAUAGUGCGGGCGAGGAGUCUACAAAUCAGCCCAGUCUAGCAGCAUCACCUCCGAUCGGUCCACCCUCACAGGCAGCGGUAACUGCUGCAGAUACAGGACAUGUGGACACAAAGCUCCCAGGCUCCGACUUCAGCGACCCGAACAGUGUCAGCGUGCAGCAAACAGCAGGCGCUGUUGAUGCUUCUAGUGACACGAAGACCGUCAAGACCGCUAGUUUGGAUUCUGCCUCCUCUGCUUUGGUGCAUGCAGUGGCAGAGGCAGAUGCCUUGCUGCAGACGGGGGAAGAAGAGCUUCGCCAGCAGGCUAGUGCUCUGGAGGGUUGGCUAACAGCCGCAAGAGAGCUGCGUAUGAAAAGUAAAUCAGCCGGUGCUGCCUUCGCCAUUCAGCGUGACUCAACGCUGUGGAAACCCGAAGGCGCCGUGCUCAGAACCGAUCCGACGAACAGCCAAACGACUGACGAUGGGCAAAGGGCAUCCAAUGUCCCGGUUGAAUUGCUCUGCUGUCUUACGGCUCUAAAGACGUGGUGCGCAGAGCUGAAAUUGAGGUCCUUGCCGCGAGCUGCCUUUGGAGCCCACUCUUUGCUUUUUCUGCUGACGUCGGCUCCUCCGAACCCAAACAGCUCGGCAGCAACGGCAGCGACAAAAGCGGCAGCUGCUGCUGCUCAGGCUGCCGUUGAUGGAGUACAUGGAAGGUCAACGGAAGGCAGCAAGCAGCAGCCGGAGGCUGAUCAAUCGGUGACCCGUCGGAGUAGCCGCCAGUAUAUUCAGCUGACAUCCGUCGGCGAGACAGUGAUGAGCGCUCAUCCCCUUAGUUCCCACUUUGUGCUUGAUGGAGUCACCAAGGCCCUUGAAUUCUUUUUCGAGCCGCAACACUAUAAAACGUUGUAUGGUGCUGGCCUGAGUCUCCAAGAUGGACUCACGUCUUGGCUCCGUGCGCUACUUGGUAACAUUUCUUCUAAAUCAGGUCUUGGGGAGAAGUAUUCUGCAAGGGGAUAUUCGUGUUCUUCCAUUCCUUCAUUUCACCCGAUGAUUCAGUACGUGCAUUCCUUUAACAAUCUCGUGGUGUUUUGGCACUGCAGAUCAUGUAUCGCUGAAUGCUGCUUUUCACUGGCAGCCCAAAAUAUGGGCAGCGUUUCCCAGACCGCCCACCGGAAGCACACCGAGACCUUAUGGCGCCUUGUCAGCAAAAUUCACAAGAAGGCAGUGCCACUUUUGGAGAAGCAUGCAACAACGGAUCUCCAGCUGCGCGAGGUUUCGGGUGUAGAACUGGCAGAGGCGGAAGAACGACACCGUGUUGAGGCUCUUUGUAUCCUUGACCUCAUUAGCACAGUUGUGGCAUCACUUUCUCGCCUAGAAGGCGCCUAUCAUGCUGCAAAGCUUCUUAUAGAACAGCGUCAACAGCAGUGCAUGCAAAGCCGAAAGCAAACGGAGGAACGUGGCCUACAGUCGAAUUACGAAGGGCGCGAAAGUUUGCUCAUGUCGCUUCAGAGAGACAGGCUGAUGUUUCUUCUCCACGCCAAACUCUUCAUGCAUUCAUUCGUAACUUUGUGCCCAACACUUUUGGGUGUUCACCUGGAGGCAGCAGGAAUAACAGAGUCAGCGCAACGGAGUGAACGUCUGGAGCGUCUACUUCGCAGUAAUGGUAUAGACGAAGAACACGAGGUUCAGAUGCGCACCGAGGAAUCCUCUUCAUUUGCAGCGGAUACAGAUAGGUCGUUGCCGCAGGUUAGAGGAGCAGAAGAGGCAUGCAGAGGGCUAAGCAACUUCUCGUGUGCAGCGAGUGCUGCCACAGCGACAGCGCGUGUUAGCGAGCUUGUGGCACUCCACCGGAGGUCUCUAGAAGAAGCAGAAAGAACACAGUCCGAAGACUGCGCGAUGCAAGUUGACUCGCCACCCUCAAACGACAACGACAAUUCAUCAAUGGUAGACUCUUUCCUUAAGGAAAAACGGGAAGCAGUCCAGGCGCUUCUUGUUCGGGGAGGCAUUGAUCCGUCGAAGGAUCAGAAGGUUGGCCCGUUUGGUGGUAGCGCGCUACGUCGGCUCUGCUCCGGUGGUCAUUCGAUUGAGCAGCAGCCCUAUGACAGCAGCGAUGAUUUUAUGCUCCACCCCUUUGUGCAGAAAGUUCGAGAAUGCCUCUUGUCUCCAGCCCAGCAGCACGCAUUGCUACAGAAUCAUUCCAGAGUGCCUCCACCACCAGAUGGCCUUGGGGAUUUAACUCUCAAUGGUUUGCAAAUGCUCCGAUUCUGCGCUGGCACCUCAGCGGCUCUUCCUCACCACAAACUUGCAACGCUGAGGGCUGAAGCAGCAAACCGUGAUUGCGUCCCAACAGAUUGGCUAGAUCUCGGGGCAAUAGGUCGGUCAUACAAGCUCGACCCGCAGCCGUCACAUGCAAGUUCCAGCGUUCUAAACCCACACUCUAAUACAGCUGAAGCGCCUCACUUGAAUUCGGUCAGUUGCACUUACAAAGAGCCUUCUGAUGUGGGGAAGGCUCAGCGGAGCGGGACGCUUGCUAAUGUAACAGGAAGUCGAGACAAUGGUUGCUUCGCGAAUGAUGCUAACGAACUGACGGCAGACAGAAACGCCGUUGCUGAUUCCGCUGGCUUGGGUAGUGGUCCAACGCUUGCGAGAAACUGCGAUGCCACUGUUAGAGGCUCAGAAACUUCAUCCAUAUCACGACUUAUAAGGCCUGCUCCGCAGCGGCCAGCCAGAGGUUCUUCCGGGCGCACCAACUCUAUGCGAGAUGUGGAUGCGCAUCCAUGCGAAUUGCCUCUCACUCCGGUAACCGCUUCAAGAUUACCCGAGUGUAGAACUGCCAGACCUUCCGUCCCCUCAGCUUCUCCAACCGGUUCACACGAGAGGCAUAUGCGCAGUUCUAGCAUCUUAACCAGGCGCCCCAGGAGACCAGAUUCAAUCUGCUUCUCCCAGCCUACCAGCACUGAUCCACAGUGA